AUGCCAACUUCCUAUGGGACUUGUGUUGUUCACAAGUGGUUUUAUGAGCCAAGGAGAAACGAACUGGCGUGCGCUUGUGAGAUCAAUGCCGUGAUGAACAGUAGCGGGUUGCUAAGGCAAGGGAAUCGUAAUUCACGAGCAAUUCCCGGAAUACAUAAAGAUAGUUUUAAUGAAGGAUAUAUACUAAAAAUUUGGACCGAUUUGGAACACUUGAAAACUGUGCGUGACCUAGUGAGUAAAACGGCAAAAGCUUAUUACUUAUUUACAUGA